AUGAGUCAUAAGAUCUUUGACGAGGUGAUAUCUGGUGCUCACCCUGCUGAAGUACAGAGCUUUGUGCAGGGAAAGUGGAUAGGAUCUUCUAACUACAAUACUCUUCUUGAUCCUCUCAAUGGAGAACCUUUCAUUAAAGUCUCUGAAGUGGAUGAAUCAGGAGUUCAGCCAUUUGUUGAGAGCUUGUCACAGUGUCCCAAACAUGGUCUCCAUAACCCUUUCAAGUCUCCAGAGAGGUAUUUCAAGUCUCCAGAGAGGUACCUUUUAUAUUGUGAUAUUUCGACCAAGGCAGCUCAUAUGCUCGCCUUACCAAAGGUAUCUGAUUUCUUCACGAGGUUGAUUCAAAGGGUAGCUCCAAAGAGUUACCAGCAAGCUGCUGGAGAAGUCUUUGUCACACGAAAGUUCUUAGAUAACUUUUGUGGCGAUCAGGUAAUGCAGUGUUCUAAAAAAUCGGUUUAGAAUUCAAACAGAAUCUAAUAAAACGAUUUUUCUUGAACGAUUAUUUAAAAAAAAAAAUCGGUCCAAGCAUCCGCCUAAUUACUAUUCUCCUAUAAAACCCCUAAUUAUUGCUUAGUGAGACAUUUAACAUUUUUAAUAAUUUAUAAUCGUUUUAAAAAUUUAAAAUAUAACAUAUAAAUUUUUUUUAUUAUAUAGUUAAUGUAGUUGUUUAAUAUCUUUUAAUAAUAUAAAAUAAAACAAAAAAUAGAUAAGAUACAAAAAUUAUUAACAAAUAUUUAUUAUUCAUAAUUAUUAAUUAUCAUAUAUACGUUAAUCAUAUUAGGUAUUUCUGUAGCUUUUAUUUAAGGAAAGUGCGAGAAUAUUCUUGUGUACACUAUCUCUCAAUUUAAUAGUUAGUAUAAUAUAAGUUAAGAUGGACCAACCUAUAUCUUUAAGAAUUCUGAAUUUCAUUCUCAUAGUGACACGUGGUUACAAAAUAAUGUUGUAAUGUUUUUCAAUUAGUAUAUAAGAGAUUUUUUUUUCUAAAAUAUAAAAUAUUUAUUAUAGAAA